AUGGCGGAGGAUCAAACGUUUAUCAAUCCGAGUGCUUUUCAAAAGGUAGAGUUACCGUCGGGAACACAGUAUCAAUGGAUGCAAACGCUGGGUGAGCUAGAGGUUCGUUUGCCGGUGCCUCACGGCACCCGGGGACGAGAUCUGGAUGUUGUUCUUGAGAAAAAAAAAAUUAAAGUUAGUUUGCGGAAAGGAGAGUUGUUGUUAGAAGGAGAACUUUCCCGGGAAAUUAAGAUUGAGGAAAGUGCAUGGACGCUUGGUAAAAAGCCUUUGAACGGCGCAUUUCUGUAUAGUGCAUCGGAGCUAGUUUUGCACUUGGAAAAGAUCAAUAAGAUGGAAUGGUGGUCUUGCAUUAUUCAGGGGCAUCCUUCGAUUGAUACGUCAAAAAUACAGCCGGAAAACUCAAAGCUUGGUGAUCUUGAUGCAGAAACUCGGUCGAUGGUUGAAAAAAUGAUGUUUGAUCAACGACAAAAAGAACUCGGAAAGCCAACAAGUGACGAAUUAAAAAAACAAGAGAUCUUAAAAAAGUUUCAAACACAACAUCCGGAGCUUGAUUUUUCUAAAGUAUUUCAUAAGUAUAGCAUAUUUGUAUAUUAA